CUGUAGACUACUAGACUGUGGUCUCAUUUUAGUUGUAGUGUUUGUACUGUUGGUAGAGCUAUUAUUAUAAAAAUAAGCUUCGUAAACAGUUAUAAUUUUUUUUUUAUCGGGUGCAAUAUUUUUUUCCUUUUAUUAAAGAUAAUUUUAAUUGUGUUCUGUACUUUCUGUGCAAUAAAUCAGUGCGAACUUGUAAUGCUAAAGGAUUAAAACAAUCAAGGGACACGUGUACAGUUGUGUUUGGGAAAGGCAGAAAACAGCAAAUACACGAACAUAUACAAUAUACCUACAGCAUAAUAUAUUAUUAUAUAUUCAUCCUAAAUAGUAAAUAUUGUGGACCGACACCUACCUGUACCACUUCGAUCGAAACUCGCAGUGAUCGUUGAACUAUAUCACGUGCUUAGGUAAAAAGAUAAAGAAGAACUAAAACCGUGAAAAAUAAAAAGAUGUCGUCUUCAACAUCGUCAUGGUCCAAAGCGGAAUCGGUAGAGCAAAAGGUGGCCAAGUUCGAGAUGUUUAUCAACGAUGUGCUCAAGGACAGUCUAAAGCAGAUCUCGACAGCUUUGGAUAUUAUCAACGAACAAAUUGCGGAACUGGAAGACGUGCGUGACACCGUGGAGACAAUGAGCCGGCUUGCGUGCGAUCUCCCAGCCGGUAAGCCAUUGAAGACUCGUGUCAAUGUGGGAUGCGACUUCUUCAUGCAGGCCAACGCGGACGUCCGGACGUUCUUGGUGUGCGUGGGCCUGGGCUAUUAUGUUGAGUACACCAAGGACGAGACACUAGCGCAUGUCCAGGUCCGAAGCAAGCUUCUCAAAGAACGGGCGGAUGAACUCCGAGACAAGGGGGCCCGGGUCCGAGCACAAAUCACCCUGGCCCUACACUGCAUACAGGAAGUGCAAGGAUUAUAGGGAUGUGUGUAACUGCCUAUCGUAAAAAAAUGCAGCGAUCGACUGAUGUGCAUGCAUAAGCGACUGCGUCCAUAUUGUACAUGCAUACGUUAACGAAGCUAUAUAAUAGUUGUCGCUUCGUUAAAUUUUUAAAAUGUCAUUCAAAAUAAAAUAUUUAAUAUUAAUAUUGUAGGCAUUAAAUAUAUAUUUUUUAAUACAAUAUAUUUUUUAAAUCUUGUU